AUGGAUUCAACACAUUAUCAUGGGAUCAAUAAUGGGAUCCAAAUAGGUAAUAACUACGGCCCAAUUUCGGGAGACUUCCACCUAUCCAAGCGGCCCAAGACCUCCCACUAUGACAAUUUGCCUGUCCCACGACACGAUCAGUACACUAUCGCCUGGAUCUGCGCACUGCACAUGGAAAUGGCAGCAGCCCGAGCCAUGCUGGAUGAUUUCCACGAGGCCCUGCCUACCCAUGCGGACGAUAGAAACACGUACAUAUUAGGAAACAUCACUCAACACAAUGUCGUUAUUGCGUGUUUACCAGAAAAUCAGUAUGGAACAAACAACGCGGCCAUUGUUAUGACGAACAUGAAGCGGACCUUCCCAGCGAUUCGCGCAAGUUUGAUGGUCGGGAUUGGCGGUGGUGUGCCAAGCAAGGCUGAUGUGCGUUUGGGUGAUGUUGUCGUCGGAACAAGGGUGAUGCAGUGCGAUCUUGGGAAAGUCCUUGGAGACGGACAAUUCCGGCGAACGGCGAUAUCCAGAAUUCUUCAUCACUCACUUGGCACGCUUGUGUCUUCUAUUCGUUCGAAGCAUGAGCUAGGUCCUAGCCGAGUCCAAUCUAUUUUAGAGCAGAACCUAAAAGGACAGCCCGCAUAUAGUCGCCCGGCUUUACCAGAUCGUUUGUUUCAUGCGACAUAUGAUCAUGAAUCUUUAAGUGAUGGCUGUGACGGAUGCGACACUUCAAAGCUAGUACCACGAAGCAGACGAAUCUCGGACGAAGUAGUGAUCCAUUAUGGCGCCAUUGCCUCAGGGAACCAAGUCAUGAGGGACGGCAUAACUCGGGACAACAUUGGUCAACAACUAGACGUCAUAUGUUUUGAGAUGGAAACUGCAGGUCUGAUGGACAUCCUCCCAUGUCUCCCAAUUCGGGGAAUUUGCGACUACUCCGACUCUCACAAGAACAAAGAAUGGCAAAGAUAUGCUGCAGCAACGGCGGCCGCAUUCGCAAGGGAAUUGCUCGAGGAUAUGCCUGUGACCAGACCGAAUACAUCCGUUGUCUCCAUGGUGGAUCCCCGUAAGAAACGAUAUCAUGCUAAGGAACAAUCUCAAUUCGCUGCCGCUAACCCUAGACCUACAGUUCAGUGUCCAUCACGCGAGCGCCGGCAGCACUUGUUAAAUUCCUUAAAGUUCGAACAGAUGGAAACCCGGAAAUCGACCAUUGAACAAAAACAGAAAAAUACGUGUCGCUGGUUUCUCAGCCAUCCUAGUCACGAAGCAUGGCUCGAUCCCGCAAGAUUGGCGCAACAUCAUGGGUUUUUAUGGAUCAGUGGCAAGCCCGGUGCUGGCAAGUCAACAAUCAUGAAGUUUGCAUACUCCAGCAUGAAAGUCAAGGCCUGUCACAGGAAUGCUAUCACUGCCUCCUUUUUCUUCAACGCUCGAGGUGAAUGCUUAGAAAAAACGAUAUUAGGAAUGUACCGUUCAUUAUUGCUUCAGCUGCUGGAAGGGUAUUCAGAUCUCCAGAUUGUUUUAGACGAUUUCGACCUGAUUUCUCAGAAUCAAAAUGACUGCCCUUCCUUGAAUGUUCUCAAGGAACUAUUUACCAAUGCGAUUUGCGCCCUCGGUCAACGCUCCUUUACCUGCUUCGUCGAUGCUCUCGACGAGUGUGAUGAACAACAAGUGGUGGACAUGGUCCAGUAUUUUGAGGACCUGGCCGAAGAAUCCACGGCCAAAGGCGUCCCGUUCCGAAUCUGCUUUUCGAGUCGACACUAUCCCCACAUCGUCAUUCAACGGGGUCUCCGACUUACACUUGAGGAUCAAUUAGGUCAUGCAGAAGACUUGGCAACCUACGUUACAAGCCGCCUCUUGAUUAAAGAACCUGCGCUCAUCGAAGAGCUGCAACCACAACUACUCGGUAAAGCUGCAGGUGUUUUCAUGUGGGUCGUCUUAGUUGUCGAUAUUCUCAACAAAGAGUAUCGACGAGGCGGAAUGGCUCUAAGAAGGAGACUCGCGGACAUACCCAGUGACCUGAGUGAACUUUUCAAAGAUAUCUUGAGACGUGAUAAUGAGGAUAUGGAAGCUCUCCAGCUUUGCAUCCUCUGGAUUUUGUACGCCAAGAACCCUUUGCGGCCACAGGAGUUCCAUCAUGCUCUCUGGUCUGGUUUGUCUUUGAAGGGGCUGGUCGAUAGCCAGAUUCCAGAUGUCACCGUCCUAGGUGCCGGCACUGGGGAUGAUAUGGCUAGUAGAUAUGUCAUUAGCUCUUCAAAGGGACUUGCCGAGACCACCAAAUCUAGUCGGCCUACAGUUCAAUUCAUUCAUGAAUCUGUCCGAGACUUCCUUAUCAAAGACAAGGGCCUAUAUGAAUUAUGGCCUGAACUUGGAUUUGACUGCGAAAGCAUAGGCCAUGAGAAACUCAAACAAUGCUGCAACCUCUACAACAAUCAAACCUUGAUCUGUGCAUCUGUUAGCAGGCUGCAAUCAGAGUCCACCUCUAACAGCCGGAACGAAAUCUUAAAUGAGUAUCCGUUCUUGGAGUAUGCCACUCAGAAUAUCCUCCACCAUGCCAACGCUGCGGCUAAAGCGGUUUCUCAAAAUGAAUUUCUGACCUCUUUUCCAAUCUCCAGCUGGAUCAACAGCAGCAAUCUUUUUGAAAAAUUCAGAAAUCGCAAAUAUACCCCAAGUGCGAAUUUGUUUUAUAUACUAGCAGAUAAAGGAUGUCCGGCGCUCAUCCGGACAUGGUUCAAAGAUGAUCCGCAGGUUCAUGUUUUUGGGGAGAGAUACAACUACCCACUGUUUGCUGGGCUGGCCAAUGGUAACAAAGACGCUGUUGCUGCUCUUUUGAACUCCUCUUCGAGGUAUUUAGAUGGAGUCGACAUCACCGACGGUCUCAACCACAGAAAAGACUUGAAAGAAUAUGAAAAUCGAACACCGCUAUCUUGGGCUGCCCAAGACGGUCGAGCGGGCAUUGUCAAAUUACUAUUGCAGAACAGAACGAUCUGUAAUGAGAUGGAUAGAGGGGGCCGAACGCCACUCUCACGGGCCGCUCUGAGUGGCCACGAGGCGGUAGCGAGACUUCUGAUCGAUAACAGAGCCGACGUCAAUACCAGACAAGAAGAUGGACGGACACCGCUUCAAUGCGCUGCAUCGAAUGGCCACGAGGCGGUAGCGAGACUUCUGAUCGACAACGGAGCCGACGUCAAUACCAGAGAAGAAGAUGGACAGACAUCGCUUCAAUGGGCUUCAUCGAAUGGCCACGAGGCAGUAGCGAGGCUUUUGAUCGAACGCGGAGCCGACGUUAAUACCAGCGAAAAAUAUGGACUGACACCGCUUAACCUGGCCUUAAUGGGUGGUCAAGAAGCGAUAGCGAGGCUUUUGAUCGAACAUGGAGCCGACACCAACGCUCGCAACGAAAUAGGAUGGACACCGCUUCAAUGGGCUUCAUUGAAUGGCCACGAGGCGCUAGUGAAGCUUUUGAUCGAAAAGGAAGCCGACAUCAAUACCAGAGAAGAAGAUGGACGAACACCGCUUCUAUGUGCUUUAUCGAAUGGCCACGAGGCGGUAGCGAGAAUUCUGAUUGGUAACGGAGCCAAUAUCAGAACCAGAGAUGAAGAUGGACGGACACCGCUUCGAUGGGCUUCAUCGAAUGGCUACGAGGCUAUAGCGAGGCUUUUGAUCGAACGCGGAGCCGACGUCAACACCAGCGAUACAUUUAGGCGGACACCACUUCUAUGCGCUUUAUCGAAUGGCCACGAGGCGGUAGCGAGGCUUUUGAUCGAGCAUGGAGCCGACAUCAACACCCGCGAUAAAGAAGGUCAAACACCACUUCAAUGGGCUCUUUUACGCGGCCACGAGGCUAUAGCGAAGCUUUUGAUCGAACGCGGAGCCGACGUCAAUACCAGUGACAACGAUGAAUAA